AUGCGCUGGCAGUUCCUCGCGUCGGCCCUGGCUGCGGCCACCGUGAUCGAUGCGGCGCCGGACCGAUACCGCCGGAGCGCGCCACCAACGCAGCCUCUCGCCCACCGUGGCGUCCCAUUCGACAAGUGGACGCGGGACGGCCCCGUCGCCAAGCAGUUUGCGAGCUCCAACACGACGAAGUACGCCAUCAAUGGCACGGGGAUCCCGGACGUGGACUUUGACAUUGGCGAGGCGUACGCCGGGCAAAUGUCCAUCUCGGACGACCUGGACGGGCCCGACAAGUUUUACUUUUGGUUCCAGCCGUCGCCGAACCCGGCUGCUAAGAAGGAGAUUGUCAUUUGGCUCAAUGGCGGCCCAGGCUGCUCAUCCCUCGAGGGCUUCCUGCAGGAAAACGGCCCGUUCCUGUGGCAGUACGGCACAUUCAAGCCCGUGCCCAACCCGUGGGGAUGGCACCAUCUCACCAACAUGCUCUGGGUCGAGCAGCCCAUCAACACGGGCUUCUCGACCGGCAACGUGACGGCCAAGGACGAAGAGGACGUCGCGAGGCAGUUCAUGGGCUUCUUCAAGAACUUCAUCAACACCUUUUCCAUGCAAGGGUACAAGGUGUACAUCACCGGUGAAUCAUACGCUGGCAUGUACUGCCCGUACAUCGCGAGCGCCAUGCUUGACGCCAAGGAUAAGACCUACUUCAACAUGAAGGGCAUGAUCAUCUAUGACCCCUCCAUUGGCCCUGACCGUCUCAGCGACAUCAACGCCGUGCCGUUCACGGACUACCAUCACAACCUCUUCCCGUUCAACGAAUCCUUCACGCGGCACCUCCACGACGUCGAUCGGAGGUGCGGCUACGCCGAUCUCCGGUCCAAGUUCCUCACCUACCCGCCGUCGGGUCACUUGCCCAACCCACUACCCGGCAUCGACCCCAAGACGGGCAAGCCAAAGAGUGGCUGCGAAGAUGGCAGCCUCAUGAACGCCAUCCAGGCGGCUGUCACGGACAUCAACCCCUGCUUCGACGUGUACCAAGUCGCCACUACGUGCCCGCUGCUCUGGGACGUGCUCGGCUUCCCCGGUAGCUUCGAUUACCUCCCCAAGGGCGCCUCUAUCUACUUUGACCGUGAGGAUGUCAAGAAGGCCAUCAACGCUCCCCUCGACCGCAAAUGGGCGGAGUGCGGCGGACCCGUCUUCGUCAAGGGCGGAGACCAGUCGCCGCCAUCGUCCAACACGGUGCUGGGCGGCGUUGUCGAUCGCACCAAGAACGUCAUCAUCGGCCACGGUGCACUCGACUUCAUCCUGCUCGCCAACGGCACGCUCAUGUCCAUCCAGAACAUGACUUGGGGCGGACGGUUGGGCUUCCUGAGAAAGCCCGUCGAGCCGUUCUAUGUUCCUUACCACACUCGCGGCGAGGACGCGACCAUCGCCGCGGCGGGCGUCUUUGGUACGACGCACACCGAGCGCGGCCUGACGUACGUCGGCGUCGCUCUCACUGGCCACAUGGUCCCGCAGUAUGCGCCCAGCGCCGCGUUCCGCCACGUAGAGGUGAUGCUUGGGCGCGUCAAGUCUCUUAGCAGUAGGGAGCCAUUCACUACCGACUCCAAGUUUCCGCAGCCAGACGGCCCGCUUGGCAAAGGCACUGCGCCGCCAGGCUAUAACGAGUAG